AUGUGUGUCCCUGCACCCCUGCCCGCCCCCGCCUGCCCCCACAUUGGAACACACCGGAACGCCUCCGCCAUGCCCCCACACCUGCGCGCGCCCGGGGAGCCGCUGGUGGAAGUCGGGGGCUCCAUUCAUCUGCACUGCUCCUUGGACUGCCCGGAAGGUGAAGUCCAGUGGGAGGGCUUGGACACAGACCAGGGGAACAUCGUUUCCAACCACACAUCCAGCACCCUGACCGUGACCAACGCGACGGUGAGGAUGGGCGGCACGAAGAUCUGCACGGGCCAAUGCCAAGGGAAGUCCUUCCAGAAGACAGUGGAAUUGCAAGUGUAUUCUUUUCCAGACACCCUACAAUUGGACUCCCAGCCCACGGCGCCAACGGCCAGGCAGCCUGCCCAGUUCUUCUGUGUGAUGAGUCACGUGUUCCCUCCUGACACUUUUACACUCAGCUGGUUCCAGGGAGACGACCGGGUACAGAGUCUCGUGGAAGAGGAUACGGAGGAAUCUGAGCUGUGUACAUUUAGUUCCCAGUUGGAGACCCCUAUGGCUGCAGAACACACAACCUACCGGUGCGAGGCGGAGCUACAGAUCGGGCAGCGUCUGUUGCGGCGAAGCAGGACCGUAACGGUUCGGGCCCAAGAAACCGCCUCUUCCCGAACGGCUGUAACGGCAAGCGAUUUGGGGACUCUACAGCCACAUCUCGCUGCCACUGAUGGGAAUUCUCUUGAGGCCACCACUGGAAGCCCUCCACCCUUCCGUUCCACCAAACGCCCCACCAUCUCGAGGCCUGUCGGUACGACCACAGCCGCUCCCACAGUGGAAUCUCUGACAAACCCCACUGCGGGGACGAACCCUACCACCGGAUCUCUUUCGACGGCGUGGAUCCCAUCCGGAAGAACGUCGACACUCUCUUCAAAGCCCCUAGCUGGAGUUCCCAGUACUUCUGGAAAGGUCUCCGCAGGACUGGCUAAUGCCAGUCUCAAAACCUUGGCUAACUUGGGGGUCACUUCAAAAACCCUCCCUGCAACGGACGGGCCACUCGCCACAGAGCUUGUUUCUACCACAAAGGGCCUUCUCACCAAGAGCACGGCUGCUGCAAACGGGCAUCCGUCUCCCACCCCGGAAGACCCCUGCAGGCCCGUGAUCACACAUUUCCCUCCCCAGGGGACCGUGGGGGGGACGCUCCGUAUCACGUGCCACGCAGCGGAGUGUCACAAAGACAUCCAAGUCUGGUGGGUGGAAACUCCCGUGGCUCAGUCCCAGUACCACCAGGAAAAAACAGAGGGCCGGUCCUCUCUGAUGGUUGACAGCAUCGGCUUGGAGCACCAGGGGGUCUACCAAUGCGUCACAAUGACAAGCCAGCCCCGGAUGGCCAGCACCCAUGUCGUCAUUGUCAGUGCGGCUCCGUUGAGCACGAACGCCGUCGUCACGAUUGGGGCAGCAGGCUCCGUUUUGGGGCUGUUUGUGGCCAGCUACGUGUUCCGGCGUCUGUGGCAACACCGCAGCAGCUAG